UAUAAACCCCGCCCAUUUCUACAAUUUAUAUUCUUAAUCUGAUUUGGAACCUUAGCAAAUCCACACUGCUAACCUUAUGCAUAACCCUAACCUUAAAUUAAGACCAAAAGGCACAUUUUUGUUUUCAUAAAUUUUCUACGAUAUAGCCAAUUUCAACUUUGUGGCUGUGGUAACUACUGGAAAACUAGUUUCCGUCCUUCUACCAACGAGUUCGCAAACUAGCAUUAGCAUUUUAAUAAUCUCUCAGUCAACCUGAGUAAGUACAGACUCGUUGGAGGAUUCGCCAGUGUUGGACUCCCUGGCAAUAUGACGCUAUUUCAUUUCGGGAAUUGCUUUGCCUUGGCUUAUUUUCCCUACUUUAUAACCUACAAAUGCAGUGGAUUAUCAGAAUAUAAUGCUUUCUGGAGAUGUGUUCAAGCAGGAGCUACCUACCUAUUUGUGCAGCUAUGCAAGAUGCUAUUUCUGGCCACAUUUUUCCCUACGUGGGAGGGAGGAGCUGGCGUGUAUGACUUUGUUGGUGAGUUUAUGAAGGCCACGGUGGACCUAGCAGACCUUCUGGGCCUGCAUCUGGUCAUGUCCAGGAACGCAGGGAAGGGAGAGUACAAGAUCAUGGUGGCCGCGAUGGGAUGGGCCACAGCAGAGCUCGUUAUGUCAAGGUGUAUACCUCUAUGGGUGGGUGCCAGAGGCAUUGAGUUUGACUGGAAGUACAUACAGAUGAGCUUCGACUCCAACAUCAGCCUGGUGCACUAUAUCGCCAUGGCAGCAGUGGUGUGGAUGUUCACGCGGUACGACCUCCCGAAGAGCUUCCGUCUGCCUGUGACUGUACUGCUAGGGCUGUGUGUAUACAAGGCCUUCCUCAUGGAGUUAUUUGUCCAUGUGUUCCUGCUGGGAAGCUGGACAGCCCUCCUGGUGAAGGCGGUGCUCACUGGAUCCAUCUCCCUCUGUUCUCUCUUCCUCUUCGUCACACUGGUGCACAGUAACUGAGACUGGCUGGAAGCCCAAACAAAGAGGGUCUUUAACACACACACACACACACACACACACACACACACACACACACACACACACACACACACACACAGGGCCUUUCAACCAGACUGCGCCUGUAUAGAUUCAUUUUGUAUCGCUCAGAAAGAUGGCAGGAAUAUGAGCAUUCAUGAUUUCAGACUUGUUUUGUUAUGAUACUUAUUUUUUUUAAAUGUAUGAUUUAUUAUUGUGCUGGAAUUAGUACGGUAGAUUGAGUAUUUAUAACAAGUGGAUGAAAGUGGAUGACUCUUAAGCUUUGUAGUACAAUUACUAUACUACUUUAACAUGUAAGCAGAUGGUACAAUACUGUUGUUACACUGUGUGUGCUCAGCUGCAUUGCUGCAGGUAUGAAAGAGAUUAACUUAAUCUCAUUCGACAUGAUGAAAUACAAAUGCUGGCACACUUCUUGUCACAUGACUGAAGCAGCAUAAUGGCGUAUUUAUGUUGUAAGAUUACAUGACAUGGUAACAGUGGGUUAUGGUACUCUAUGGAAAUUUAGUGAGGUGUGUGUGAAUGGCCAAUAAAUGACUUCAUAUGCUA